GGCUGGUCCUAGCGUGAAGUGCCUGUGUCGUUGGCUGUGUUGCUGUCGCCGAGGCCCAGUCAUCCAUGUGAUGCUCCUCAGAGUCCUCACAACAUGUUGCUCUCCAUCGCAAAGCGGCAGGUGACGCACACUCUGCCACGCGCGAGGCAGACGCUGGCAGCAAUUCACAGCGCAGCGACCGAACGGCCUCUCAAGAUAUCGACCAUUCCGGCGCCUCACACGGGUGAGAUCACCGUCGUGUCGUUGAAUCGGCCCAAGGCCCGCAACGCCAUCUCGCGUCAGCUGCUCGCGGAGCUGAAGGGAGUAGUCGAUCAGGUGCACAGUCAGGGCGAGAACGGAAGCACGAGAGCAUUAAUCCUCACCUCGGAGAGUGACGAUGCUUUUUGUGCUGGCGCAGACUUGAAGGAGCGCCUGACCUUCACCGAGGAUGACACCCGAGAUUUCCUGAAAACCCUGCGGGCCACCUUCACUCGCCUUUCCACUCUUCCCGUACCCACUAUUUCCGCCAUCAGCAGCACCGCGUUCGGCGGCGGCCUCGAGCUGGCACUCUGCACCAACUUCCGCGUCGUUGCUUCGACCGCAUCGGUAGGCCUGCCAGAAACCCGACUGGCCAUCAUUCCUGGCGCCGGUGGCACUUACCGCUUGCCUGCACUUAUUGGACAGAGUCGAGCACGAGAUCUCAUCCUGACAGGUCGACGUGUUUCGGGAGAAGAGGCGUACUUUAUCGGCCUCGCAGACAGAAUUGUACAAAUCACGGAAGAUGAACUCAAGGGCGGGACAGGAGUGGCUAGGGGGAAAGUCUUUGAACAGGCUGUCGAAAUGGCAAGAGUCAUCUGCGAAGGCGGUCCCAUUGCCAUUAAAGCCGCGAUGCAGGCUAUCAAUGGGUGGGAGAGGGGUGAGGCGAGUGAAAACGCGGCCUAUGAUCUUGUUCUGCCAACAACAGACAGGACGGAGGCGCUGAAAGCAUUUGGGGAGAAGCGGAAACCCACUUUCCAAGGAAGGUAGAGGAGAGGAUACACGACGUACAAUGACUGACCCCGUUCUCAUCGACCUAAGUCACCACCUGACCUCUGACUGGAGCACCAAUGUCAGACGUGGACGAAUGAGAAGCGACAAAAGAUGAUUGCGCGCAACUGCAAGAUGACUGACAUGACAGUGUCUCCAGGGCUCAAACCCUGCCACCAGUGCCUGCUCUGUUGCAGUGUUGCUCAACAUUUCAUGUCAGAAUAUAAGACAUAGUCCACCACCA